AUGGAACAAGGGUCCUCAAGACGGCGAGCUCCAAGAUAUGUGGGAGAAGAUACCUCACCAACCACAUCCCGAGAGUUGAGAGGUUUUUACGCCUAUGGAAUGGCCGCUGAAGUGUUUGCGGUGUGUGGAGUCGGAUCUUUCCUUCCGGUGGCUUUGGAACAACUAGCUAGGGAGAGAGGAGUGUUGUGGACAGACAAAACCACACCAUGUGUGGUCAAACCGGAUAGCGGAACUCGAGCGGCUUCUGUGGCUGGAUUACUUGUCAGGGCCGCUGUAUCCGAUACCCACCAGGACACCAAUCAUCAGUGUGUAAUUCCUGCUCUGGGAAACAUGACCACCUCGUCAUUUGCGCUCUACACGUUCUCCCUAGCAGUAUUUGUCCAGGCUCUGGCACUUGUUUCCUUCAGUGCUGUUGCAGACCAUGGGCGUUACCGAAAGAAAUUUCUCAUCGGCUUUGGCGUAGCAGGUGGAAUCUCGUCUGCGCUCUUCAUUUUUGUUGUUCCUCAGAUUUUCCUCGUAGCCUCUAUUCUAGCUGUGGUCGCUGUAACAUGUCUCGGUUCAUCCUUUGUUAUUCUUAAUUCAUUUUUGCCGCUACUCGUAGCAAACCACCCGCAUGUUCCAGAUAGUGUUGGAGACUCUGAAGAUGCAUCGGCGACCAUUUCUUCAGACUCUGGGGUUUUGGUGUCUUCGAGUAUAGACGAGAGCCGGGACGCCACUUAUAAACCCAGGAGCGGGCAUAUGGAUUCCACAGCACUCAAACUUUCCACGAAGAUAUCUUCGAAGGGGGUCGGCAUUGGAUAUGUCGCAGCAGUUUUCGUCCAAGUGCUCAGCAUAAUGUUGCUAUUUGGCAUGUCAAAACUAUCAGUCUCUUCGACGUUUCCUCUUCGUCUUGUCUUGUUCAUGGUUGGGUCCUGGUGGCUGGGCUUUACCAUUCCCGCCUCGAUCUGGCUUCGUGACCGCCCUGGUCCACCGCUCCCAGCAAUCUCAAGUGCCAAGUCCUGGAAAACAUGCGUCGCAUACGUAGCUUUUGCUUGGGGUUCGGUGUGGAAGACUAUAAAGAUGGCUGUAAAGCUAAGGCAAAUGGUUAUUUUCUUGAUCGCGUGGUUCCUACUUUCCGAUGCGAUCGCGACAGUAUCAGGGACUGCGAUACUCUUCGCUCGCACAGAAUUGAAGAUGGGCACUGUCGCUAUUGCACUUCUGUCAAUCACCGCCACUUCCUCUGGGAUCUGUGGUGCUUUUACCUGGCCGAUCAUAUCCCGCCACUUCAAGCUGAAGACCAAUCGAACCAUCGUCGCUUGCAUCGCCUUAAUGGAAAUAAUACCCCUGUAUGGUCUCCUAGGCUACAUCCCGUUUGUAAAAUCUUGGGGCGUAGGAGGACUGCAACAGGCAUGGGAAAUCUACCCGCUCGGGUUCAUUCAUGGGUUCGUCAUGGGUGGCCUCUCUUCCUAUUGCAGGUCUUUCUUUGGUUUGUUAAUCCCACCUGGGAAGGAGGCUGCAUUCUACGCUCUAUACGCUAUCACAGACAAAGGAAGCUCAGCUGUGGGCCCUGCAGUAGUUGGAGCAAUUAUAGACGCAACGGGGCAGAUCAGACCAGCUUUCGUCUUUCUGGCUAUACUCGUUGCAUUGCCAGCGCCGCUGAUACUGCUCGUUGACGCAGAGAAGGGACGGGGCGAUGCUGCAAGGUGUGCUGAGGUCCUAAAGCAAGAUCUCACACAGGAUUCUGCAGUGCAGGCGGGAACUGAGCUUCACGAAACGGAGGGCUUAAUGGCAGAUCAUGAUUAG